UACCUAAUUAUUUCUUACGUACUGCUAGGCCCAUUUCUCUUGUAAUUGUAUAGUUUUAAAAGAAGAUGACUGAGAUCUUGAUGCAGACAACGAAGCAGAUCUGAUCGUGGAACCGAAGGAUUUGCGAUGGAGUGGCAAAGCCGGAUAUCAGGCAGUAUACUUGCAAAACGCAACAAAUGACCGCUUAGCAAUCAAAGCGAAAUGUUCAGACACGAAGCUGUACUACGUCAAUCCUGUAUUCGGAUUCAUUGAACCCGGCGAGACAAUGAAAGUUGAUGUUGUAAGACAAAAAGCCGCCCCCAAAAUUGAUAAGAUAAUUUUCGUCACAGUUCAUGCCACAAAAGACGAUCUGCUCCCGAAACCACUGUUCAAGGGACCCGAAGAAAGCCAGAAAACCGCUAUGCUACCAUUGCUCGUUGCGCGUGCCAUGUAA